AGUAAACUCCAGAGCCUCUUGUAGCUACAGAAGCAGCCGGCUAAUCUCUUGGACAACGCAGUAAAACUAAUGCUUAUUUUAUUUUUCUAACGUUUCGAUUUUCUGUGUCGUUCUGUUGUUUUGAUUUGAGUCAUUCCUGUUGUUGCGCCAGUGCUACGGAUCAGGCAAAUGCGUUUCAUCUGAAUUUCUCUGGAUGUUUUGGACACAGUUCAAUCUCAGUAAUGUUAGCAUACAAACAAGCUAGUUAGCCAAUUGCUGGAACUUAGCGACCAGACAUCGGUGCAGCCCGGAUGGUUUAGACAGCAAGAAAGCGCAUCUGUGGGAGUUUUAGUCGGCCUUGCAUCAUGUCGAGCAACCGACCGCAGCAAAACGCCGGAGGAGCGAGCUCAGUGCCCGGGACCAGCAGCAGCAGCAGCAGCAGUGGGGGAGGCACCGGGAGCUCCAACCCCGGCGGAGGUGGCAGCAACUCGGUCACGAGUAACGGGAACAGCUCUCCAAAUGUGGUGCCCACCUCUCGGAACUUGGCAUCACCAGCAGCCGGCAGUGACAGCGGCUUGUCCGUGCCAAACUUGUCCGCCGUGCCGUCACCCAGGCCCGGGUUUGCUUCACUAAACAGACCCUCUGCUUCUACAAGUAGCAGAAAGAGGUCUCUCCACCAAGCUCCUCUUUACAACGGACUAUUAAACUCAUACGAGGAUAAAAGUAACGAUUUUGUUUGCCCUAUUUGUUUCGAAAUGAUUGAAGAAGCACACAUGACAAAGUGUGGGCACAGUUUUUGUUUCAAAUGCAUACGGCGAAGUUUGGAGGACAGCAACAGGUGUCCAAAGUGUAACUAUAUUGUUGAUAAUGUGGAUCAGUUGUACCCAAACUUUCUUGUAAAUGAGCUGAUUCUUAAACAGAAGCAAAGAUCAGAGGAGAAACGACUGAAACUAGAUCAUCCUAAUGGGUCCAGGUGGCAGGUCUUCCAGGACGUUCUGAGUCCAGACCAGGAGAACCUUGAUCUAGCAAAUGUGAAUCUGAUGCUGGAGCUCCUGGUUCAGAAGAAAAAACAACUUGAGGCGGAAUCUCAAGCAGCGCAAAGACAAAUCCUCAUGGAGUUUCUCAAAGAAGCGAGGAGAAACAAGAGAGAGCAACUAGAGCAACUGCAGAAAGAGCUCAACUUUCUUGAAGAGGACAUCAAACGUGUUGAGGAGAUGAGUGGGUUGUAUUCUCCGCUGAUGGAGGCAGAUGGCACAGUGCCUAAUGUGGAGGCUCCCUCUCCAGCUCCCAGUUGUAGUAUUAUUGAUACACCAGAUUAUAAUCAGCCUCCAGGGUUUGGUGCUUCGACACAGGGUAAAAGACAGACUUGGUACAACAGCACACUGGCAUCAAGAAGAAAGAGACUGACGGCACAUUUUGAGGAUUUGGAGCAGUGCUACUUCUCCAACAAAAUGUCCAGAAUUACAGAUGAAGGCAGGAAUCUGAACCAGCUAGAUGACUUUAUGGAAUGUCUAUCAAAGUUCACCCGCUACAACUCCGUUCGGCCCCUGGCCACCCUUUCCUAUGCCAGUGACCUCUAUAAUGGCUCUAGUAUUGUGUCCAGUAUUGAGUUUGACCGUGACUGUGACUAUUUUGCCAUUGCCGGAGUGACCAAGAAAAUAAAGGUCUUUGAAUAUGGCACUGUGAUCCAAGAUGCAGUAGAUAUUCACUACCCAGUCAAUGAAAUGACCUGCAAUUCUAAAAUCAGCUGUAUCAGCUGGAGCAGCUAUCAUAAGAACCUUCUAGCCAGCAGUGACUAUGAGGGUACUGUCAUCCUGUGGGAUGGAUUUACCGGCCAGAGGUCCAAAGUCUACCAGGAACACGAGAAAAGGUGUUGGAGUGUUGACUUCAAUCUGAUGGACCCCAAGCUAUUAGCCUCAGGUUCAGAUGAUGCUAAAGUGAAGUUAUGGUCGACGAAUCUUGACAACUCAGUGGCCAGUAUUGAAGCCAAGGCAAAUGUCUGCUGUGUUAAAUUCAGUCCAACCUCCAGAUACCACCUGGCCUUUGGAUGUGCAGACCACUGUGUUCACUACUAUGAUCUACGUAACACUAAGCAGCCAAUCAUGGUGUUCAAAGGCCACAGAAAGGCUGUGUCUUAUGCCAAGUUUGUAAAUGGAGAUGAAAUUGUCUCUGCAUCUACAGACAGUCAGCUAAAGUUGUGGAACGUCAACAAAACCCAUUGUCUGCGCUCAUUUAAGGGGCACAUCAAUGAGAAGAACUUUGUUGGUCUGGCUUCCAAUGGAGACUAUGUGGCUUGUGGCAGCGAAAACAACUCCCUGUACUUAUACUACAAAGGACUUUCAAAAACACUGCUAACGUUUAAAUUUGACACAGUGAAAAGUGUUUUGGACAAAGAUAAGAAAGAAGACGACACAAACGAGUUUGUCAGUGCUGUCUGUUGGAGGGCCUUGCCAGACGGAGAGUCAAACGUGUUAAUCGCUGCAAACAGUCAGGGAACAAUCAAGGUACUCGAGCUUGUAUGAAGACCCACAUCUGAAUUUACAAGUUCUCAAUAUACAUCAGCCUCUACAGGAAAAGUUUUUGGGCAACCACAGCCCUCAAAAGCAGAAACUGAAGAUGCUGCCAGAACAGCUGCUGUGAUCAGAGUUGUCCUAUUUUAAUAAGCUUGAAGAUCACAACAUCAGAAAAUUUAGAGGAACCAACUUGAACCCAUUCAGAACAAAAGACUUUGAAAAGCAUUUGUUUUGUAAAGCUAUAUCAGCACCAGUAUAACUCCUCUUUGUGGUUUUAGGUCAAAUUCUCCGCUAUGUACUUUUUAAUAAAGCUCUUGAUCUUAAGGGUGCAUCUUCCAAAUCCCAUAAUGAUUGAUGCACCAACCUCUUUUAAAGGCCAAAGCACAACAUACAGAAAUUAUGUGUCUAUGUGAAGUUUUAAUCUCCCCUUUGUCUGUUCACUAUGUUUAUUCUUUGUAUGUACAAUACUUCUGCGUUCUUUUUCAGUACAGGAGAAACCAGUUUUAAUAAAUAUAAUUUGAAUUUC